GUUAUUUACAAACAAAAAAAACUCGAAGAAAUCUAGCGACCCGUUCUUUUGAACGAACGAUAAUCUAUACCAAAUCGACCCGUUAUAAUGCCGGUAUAAAUAUCGGGAUAAACUGUUCACGGCCAAAAUGCUAGCUAUGUCUACACUGAUGAUGCCCGCUGCGACUAUGACCACAAUGACAAAUGCUGGUCCAAUACCGGUUGCAGCGGCGACCAAGUUGGAGCCAAAGCUGCUGCAACUGCCCCACCCAGCGCUGAUGCCCCAAAUUCAACAGCAACAACCGCAGCAACAUCACCACCAACAUCCACAUGGAAACAACAAUAAACUCGAACACUAUCAUAUCUUCGUCGGAGAUUUGAGUCCGGAGAUCGAGACUCAAAACCUGCGUGAUGCGUUUGCGCCGUUCGGUGAAAUAUCGGACUGCCGAGUGGUGAGGGAUCCGCAAACAUUAAAGUCGAAAGGGUACGGAUUUGUAUCCUUCCUCAAGAAGUCGGAGGCGGAAUCCGCCAUCACAGCCAUGAACGGUCAGUGGCUGGGAUCCAGAUCCAUCCGGACGAACUGGGCGACAAGAAAACCACCAGCUCCUAAAAACGAACUAAACUCCAAGCCGUUGACCUUUGAUGAGGUAUACAACCAGAGCUCGCCUACCAACUGCACGGUGUACUGCGGAGGUCUGACCACGGGCCUCACAGAGGAGCUCAUGCAAAAGACAUUCCAGCCUUUCGGCACCAUCCAGGAAAUACGCGUCUUCAAGGAUAAAGGAUAUGCCUUUAUAAGGUUCUCAACAAAGGAGAGCGCCACCCACGCCAUCGUCGCUGUGCACAACACGGACGUCAACGGGCAACCUGUGAAAUGUUCCUGGGGAAAAGAAUCCGGGGAUCCGAAUAAUUCCCAAUCUCAGGGUCAGCUUGGUGGCACCGCGUAUAGUCCAUUCGGAGCGUACACGGGCGGGGUACCCCCUGCGUCGUACUGGUACAACACGUACCCCCAACAACUCGGCGGGUUCCUGCAAGGCGUACAGGGGGUACAAGGCUACUCUUAUGCGGGGCAGUUUGCGGGCUACCAGCAACAGUAUAUGGGAAUGGGAGGAGUCCAGCUGCCCUGGGCUCUUGGAGGAGGUGUAGGUGGAGUUGGGGGUGUCGGGGGUGUUGCUGCUAUGUCUCAACCCCCCCAAGUAUUGCACUACCCAGUCCAGCACUUUCAAGUCCAGCCGAUCGGUGAGGACGAAUGGUUGGCUCCAAGUUUGCUUGUGUGAGGCCAGCGACCCGCUUCCCAAGAUCCUUGCUGCUGCACACAAAAGGAAUGGAUGCUGAACUAACCCCCCUAAACUUCAACCAAACAACACUCUAGUCGGUUUGUUGUAAUUUUAGUUUUGUUGUUAUUGUAAGAAUGAGGGCUAUCAUGUAUGAGUUCACCAACAGGCGCUCGUGUUGAGUUUAAUGUCAAAUUACUCUGAAAGCUUAUUGUUUGCGAACAAAUAUCCGCCAUAUUAACUAAUUCAUUAUCAUUGUAAAAAAAUUGCCAUUAUAAAUUAAUUACGG